CACAAACCCCCCUCACACACUGUGACCAGCAGCCAGGCAGGCACUACAGCCAGCACCGCACACCACCGCACAGCACCGCAGUCGCAGCGGCGGCUCAUGCCUUCACCUGCUCCGGGAUAGACAGCCGUCCAUCUGUCCGCCCGCCCGUCCGUCCGUCUCCGCUCGAGCAGCCCAGCGAGGAGGAGGAAAGCCCGGUGAAAGCGUCCAGGUGGAAGAUGCUGGAAAACGGGAGGAAGGUGUUCAAGGAGGGUCUGCUGGAGAAGCGGAGCGACGGGCUGCUGCAGCUCUGGAAGAAGAAACACUGCGUCCUGACGGAGGACGGCGUGCUGCUGCUGCCGCCCAAGCAGCACGACCAGCCGCACCACCACCAGCCGCACCACGGCGGCGGGGACACGGGCAAAGUCAAGGAGCUGCACUUCGCCAACAUGAAGACGGUGGACUGCGUGGAGCGGAAGGGCAAGUACGUGUACUUCACGGUGGUCAUGACGGAGGGGAAGGAGAUCGACUUCAGGUGCCCGCAGGACGAGGGCUGGAACGCGGAGAUCACCUUGCAGAUGGUCCAGUACAAGAACCGGCAGGCGAUCCUGGCCGUCAAGUCCACCCGGCAGAAGCAGCAGCUGCUCGUCGUGCAGAUGCCCGGCCAGAAGACGGUCCGCAGCUCGCCGAACGUGGCGUGACCUGCGGCGAGUCCCGCGGACACUGGUGCGCCAUUAGCGGUUAAUUGGACACUCGGCCGGAGGACGAAUAUCGAACCGGGCUGCAUCUCCCCCCUGCCGCUUCGCCACCGAGCUCCAUCCUCCAGGAGAGCCCCUCUUCCAUGUAGUGGUUUCCACAGACCAGCGCCCCGCCCCAGUCCCCUUUUCAAUACAGAGACUUAUUUCACAAGAGACUGAUGGACAAAAAGCAUGUGAGAAGACGACUGUAUUCUACCGUGCGAUUGGGCUCAUCCCUUAUUUAUUACAUGUGUAUAUAUAUUUUCUAUAAAAGUACUCUGUUGUUGAUGAAUGUUCAGUGUGGUUGUUGACAGAGUGGAACCAGAAGUACUCGCUCGGAGGCACGCGGCCUACGCGUCACACACAAAGUCCACUGGGAAUAUGCUUACGUAGUUAUCUUAGGACGGUUGCUGUAGGUUAGUCACAUCAGUUCAUUACUGCUAAAAAUGGGUCAUCGUCCAUGUUUCCAUUUCCCAACUGAACCAAAGAAUCAUUUUUUUUUUUCAUCACGUAUCUCUCUCUUGUGCGGUGUUACAGCUCAGAAUAUACUAUACCACAACACUAUAGAUAUAUGAUGAGAUACCUGCAUGACCUGUACCUGAUUUGUUCGAUGGCUCGAUCUGUUAACACCUACAGUGCAUCUUCCUGUUUUUUUCUUGCGCAUAUCAAUCAUUUGCCAUCGUUUUUAUUUGGCUAAAGCUCUCGUGCUUUCUUGUAAGUCUUAAAUCUGAGAUGCCGGCUUGUUACCCUCAGUUUGUUUUCAGUGGUUACAGAGGAGAGCUAGUACUAACAUGCACAGUGGAGAUUUUUUGUUUUGUUAUAUUGACAAUUUUACAGAGGCAGAGCUGCUCUAAAGACAAUUUAUGUGGUUGCAUUAAAUCUCAGCCGGUGGGGACGAAUUAACACAGUUUUACCGGCGCGGUAUGUGCAGUCUGAAACUGAAGCCUGGAGGAAACAACUUUAAAUUGAUAACCGACAAGAAAUGGGGAAAACACUUUGACAUUUGAAAUUCAGAGACACUUCCUCAGUGUUUUUAAACAUCUCGGUAGCCACUUAGCAGCGUCGCUCUGUCUUCUUUUAUCUACUUUUGAGACAGGAUGAUGGUGCAAACCGGUUUCUGUUGCCAUGUAAGUGGCUGUGCUAACUAGCUUGAUAUUCUUUCUAUGUCAGAUAGCAAGCUAGUUCACAACAAGAGAUCUAUCCACUGGUGAUGCUUGUCAGAAACUAGCACCAGCGCCAUAAUUACUGAUGCCCUAUGGUCGUUUCAUGGAUUAGAAGCGUAAGCUAAUUUAGCUAAGCGAUGAAUCUAGCGUCAGAAGUCUUCACUCCAAAAAGUCACCAACACAGAUAUUCGUGAAUGAACGAUACGUCGUGCCAAUGCUGGAAUAUGGUGGAUUAUGCCUGCUCCCAACAAGCUAACAUGUUAGCAUUUAGCUCACCGGCUACUGUAGUUUGCCUGCGAGUAGCCUUCAUCAUCGGGCUCACACGUUCUGGGCCUCCAUUAGCGCUGGAUAACAAGUCGCCAAAUUACGCUUCAUUCAUGACCUUAUUUUGCACGGACACCGUUGCCGCAUCCUGAGCUUAACGGCGUCGAAGACUAAUGCGGUUGGUUCAAAAAACUACAAACGAGCAAGGGCGUCCCGCGCCCCCCAUACCAAGAUGAGAGUUGUUGCGACAAGGCUAUGUAGUUUUGUGUACUAAACCAAACAUAGCAUUAGCUAGUUAGCUGGCUGCUCACUUUCCAAUAUCCUAUCACAAAAAUUGGUUUCAAGUUUGCCGGCUAGCUAAAUUAAGCUAAAACAGCCUUGUCUGUCUGUGUAGCAGCUCUGCCUCUGAGAGAUGUUCAGACAACCUUUUCUCUAAUCUGCAGCUUUUAGACUGCGAGGCAUGAAAUGAUUUUCGUGAGAAGGGACUGAACAGUGUGAAUGUUGUGUAACUUCUAACGGUGACAGGUAAUGGCCUCAGAGAUUGCCUCAGCGUUGUUUUGUCAUGAUGGUGGGGGGGAUGUCGCGUUGUUGGGGGAAACAUUUUAUUUCACUACGGCUCAUGUCGUUUCCUGUUUGGGAAGUGUUUCCCCACCAGCUUCCCCCCACUCUCUCUGUCUCUCUCGCCAGCGUAUUGGCGCCAAACCGACACAUGCCUCCGUGUUGUUGUCAUCUCCCACACAGGGUAAUGGCUCUGCCCUUUAUCUAAUGUGACUGGUGUGAUGCUUCUCUGACAUGCCUUCCCGUUGCCAUCAUUACGCACAAAGUAAUAGCUGUGCCCCUUUUUAAUCCACUGUCCAAUUUCUUAUUUCAACGUGAGAUCUAUUUUCAUACCUCGAAAAGAUACAUUCCAUUAAAAAAAAAAAAAAAAACA